AUGGGAGCGGCCUGGGAGGCGGGACUCCAGCGCCUGGGCCUCCCCGGCCGCAGAUGAGUUGGUAAACAGAUCCGGAGCGCGUGCUGGCAGUCUGCGCCGCGACCAGCGCGCGGAGGCUGCUGGACGGUGCCGGUGGAUCCCAGCUUCCUGCAGCCGGCCCUGAAGGAUGGCUGCCAUGCUGGGGGACGCCAUCAUGGUGGCCAAAGGCCUUGCCAAGUUGACCCAGGCAGCUGUGGAAACCCAUCUGCAGCACUUGGGCAUCGGCGGGGAGCUCCUUAUGGCGGCCCGGGCCCUGCAGUCCAUGGCUGUGGAGCAGAUCAGCAUGGUGCUGGGGACGGCACAGGGUCCGGAGAAACAUGAAGAGCUGUUUGUGGAGAACUUUGAAGACCUGGAAGCAGAGUUGCACUUCUCAGGCGCACAGGCAGCAGGAGCCUCCCCAGACUCCUCUACAGCCUCGGGGGACCAGUCCCCGCCUCCACCUCCUGGUGGCACCCACAGCGAGGGCCCAGCUCCUGCCUACGUUUUCAGUGGACCCUUUAGGGAAGCCGGGCUCCCAGGCCAGGCCACCAUCCCUCUGGGCAGGGUCAGCGGGCUCUUUGUCAACUGCAGAGACUCAGUCUGUGCCAUAGGCUUUCAGCAGAGGUUCUUCCACCAGGACCAGUCCCCGGUGGGGGGCCUCACAGCUGAGGACAUCGAGAAGGCCCGGCAGGCCAAGGCCCGCCCGGAGAGCAAGCCGCACAAGCAGGCGCUCAGUGAGCAGGCUCGGGAGCGGAAGGUGCCAGUUACGCGGAUUGGGCGGCUGGCCAACUUUGGAGGUCUGGCUGUGGGUCUGGGCUUUGGGGCACUGGCUGAGGUUGCCAAGAAGAGCCUCCGUCCUGAGGACUCCAAAGGGAAGAAGUCGGUGUUGGAUUCCAGCCCCUUCCUGUCGGAGGCAAAUGCAGAGCGCAUCGUGCGCACGCUCUGCAAGGUGCGCGGGGCGGCACUCAAGCUGGGCCAGAUGCUGAGCAUCCAGGAUGAUGCUUUCAUUAACCCCCACCUGGCCAAGAUCUUUGACCGUGUGAGGCAGAGCGCUGACUUCAUGCCGCUGAAGCAGAUGACGAAAACUCUUAACAGUGACCUGGGGCCCAACUGGCGGGACAAGCUGGAGUACUUUGAGGAAAGGCCCUUCGCCGCCGCUUCCAUCGGGCAAGUGCACCUGGCACGCAUGAAGGAUGGCCGUGAGGUGGCCAUGAAGAUCCAGUAUCCUGGUGUGGCCCAGAGCAUCAACAGUGAUGUCAACAAUCUCAUGGCCGUGCUGAACAUGAGCAACAUGCUUCCAGAAGGCCUGUUCCCUGAGCACCUGAUCGACGUGCUGAGGCGGGAGCUCGUCCUCGAGUGUGACUACCAGCGGGAGGCUGCUUGUGCCAAGAAGUUCAGGGAGCUGCUGAAGGACCACCCCUUCUUCUACGUGCCUGAGAUUGUGGAUGAGCUCUGCAGUCCCCACGUGUUGACCACAGAGCUGGUGUCUGGCUUCCCACUGGACCAGGCUGAAGGGCUGAGCCAGGAGAUUCGGAACGAGAUCUGCUACAACAUCCUGGUUCUGUGUCUGAGGGAGCUGUUCGAGUUCCACUUCAUGCAGACAGACCCAAACUGGUCCAACUUCUUCUAUGACCCUCAGCAACACAAGGUGGCCCUUUUGGACUUCGGUGCAACCCGGGAAUAUGACAGAUCCUUCACGGACCUAUACAUUCAGAUCAUCAGGGCUGCUGCUGACAGGGACAGGGAGGCUGUGCGGCAGAAAUCCAUAGAGAUGAAGUUCCUCACUGGCUAUGAGGUCAAGGUGAUGGAAGAUGCCCACCUGGAUGCCAUCCUCAUCCUGGGGGAGGCCUUUGCCUCAGAAGAGCCCUUUGAUUUUGGUACCCAGAGCACCACAGAGAAGAUUCACAACCUGAUCCCUGUCAUGCUGAGGCACCGUCUCAUCCCCCCACCUGAGGAGACCUACUCCCUGCACAGGAAGAUGGGGGGCUCCUUCCUCAUCUGCUCCAAGCUGAAGGCUUGCUUCUCCUGUAAAGCCAUGUUUGAGGAGGCCUACAGCAACUACCGCAAGAGGCAGGCUGAGCAGCAGUAGCCGCCGACCCCCGUGUGUGGGCACCCAGCUGCAGGUCCUGCCCAGGCCGGCUCAGGGAACCAACAGGGAGAAGUGUCGCUGCUUCAUUUAAACUCCUUGGCCCAGUAAGCAAAGGUGGCUGGUUCUGACCAGGGCUUGAGGGGAGGCUGCUUAGAGCCCCAGAGCCUGCACUUUACACGGUUUUCAUUGCUAAAUAAAUGGUUUUAGGGGGAAAAGUUCAAGAAUGAAAAUGAAACCCUACUGCUGUCAGAAUCUGCCUGGUGUUUGUCCUUUGAAAUAACUCUAGAUUAAAAGGCAAUCUUAUUUUCUUCUUUUUCCUUAUGUGACUGUUAAGCAGAAAUGAGAAUGCUUACUCCUUUUCACACGCUUGCUACCAAAACAAAACCAAAAACCAAGGAAGAUUUUUUUGAGUUGUCAACUGUGUAGUAUAAAGUGUGUGUGCCUAUGUGUUUCUCGAAUGAGAUCUGUUUCCUGCCGUUUUCCUCUCCAGCCUGUGGUCUGGAGCCAGGAGAAGUGCUAAUCUGAAUAGUGCCCAUGAGUACUUCACCUCUUAAAGCUGGGGCCUGCUCUGCUGGGCCUUACAUGCUUCUGACAACUGAAUGUUUCCAGAGAAUCGCUGCCUCACAGGGGAGGAGUUGGGAGCAGCAGGCCAGGGAACUGGCGACACGUACUUUGUCUGCUGCUGGAAGGCCCCUCCCUGCCAGAGGAGACACACUGGUGUCACUGGUUACACCAAAGUGUCGUCACAGGCUCUGAAUUUUUGUACAAGUCUUGUAACUAAUUUGUUUCAAUUCAAUAAAAGUUAUUGUGCCA